GCGAACCACACAUCACUAUUGCCUUGUUCGGCUUGUUCCGUUUCCAACCUCGCACAGCGCCUCCUUCCUCUCGUUCAUCUUUAUUGCACGAUAUUUCCGAUAUUUCCCAAAGACUACGAAGAUAAUUAAGCGUCCACAAAACGGCGCGUGUGUUGUUUUUUUGUUAAACUUCCACUCUGCUCUCAAUGGAAGCGGCUAACCGCCAGCUUGCCAGCUGACGAUACAGAGGCUAACUGUGGCUAGCGGCUAGCUGUGGACGUUCGCACGUUGUUUUGACUGAGCAGGAUAGUUAAAGAAAGAAAGAAAAAAAGCGUCACCGAGAUGACGUCAGCGUCCGCUAAGGUGGGCGAGAUUUUCUCUGCAGCCGGAGCUGCAUUCACGAAAUUGGGAGAACUGACUAUGCAGCUCCACCCGGUGUCCGACUCCAGUCCUGCAGGAGCCAAAUGGACGGAGACGGAGAUCGAGAUGUUGCGUUUGGCCGUGCGACGCUUUGGAGACGACCUGAACAACAUCAGUACGGUGAUCAAAGAGAGGACGGUAGCUCAGAUAAAGAGCACAGUGAAGAGGAAGUUGUACGAGGACAGCAGAGUCCCCAUUUCCUCUGAAUCACCGAAGAAGAGCGGCAAGAAAUCGUCAGUUGCCAUGACGCCGGCGCCCCCCACCUCAGCUCCCGCCAUGAUCGCUGUGCCAAACUCACAGGUUGUCCUGGCAACGGGUAUGCAGAGCACGCCAUCGCUGGCCCCGCCUAUCAAGAAGCAGAAGACCGCAGAUGUGACACUGAGUGCGCUGAACGACUCGGACGUGAACAGCGACCUCGUCGACAUCGAAGGACUCGGCGAUGGCUCGUCCAAUAAGAAGUUAAACUUCGACCAAGAGAGCCUGAACUUGGACUCCAGCCUCAUCAUGAACUCCAGUGACCUCCCCCUUCUCUCCCGCUGACCUUUGACCUUGCAGAGUAACGAGUGAGAGUCUCCAGCUCUUAUUUUUCAAACAGUUUUGGACGUUCGUGUCAAAGUUUUAAACCUUUUCUUUAAAUAGAACAGAUGAUCAGAAAUCAUCAGAAACAUCUUUAGUUGUUUUUUUUCGUUAAAAAAGGCAGAUUUUCUUUUUGACGCAGAAUAACGUUUCACGUUGUUUUAGAAAAUAAACGUGCUGUCGUGUUUUUGUCUCUGACGUUGCGGAGAAACUUGCGAUCUUCGUAAACUCUGAGUAGAAACAAAAUUCAUUUUCGUUGUUUUGGGGAAAAAAAACGUAAACAGAACUUUGUUUACAUAUGAGUUUGUCAGUUUGAUCAAUACAAAUAUUGAUUAUUGACAACAUUGAAACAAACAGUAGAGAAUCAGACGUGUGAAAAAAUAAUUAAAUAAACACAUGAAACACUCAA